AUGGAUGAAGAAAUUACUAAUUGUAACUCUGGGCUGGUAUCUGAUACAAAUUUUGAAUCUAAUCCGAUCACUAGUUCUCAAUCUUUGCCAAUUACUAAGAACUAUGAUCCUUUGAUGAAAGAUUUUAUUUCUAAGCAUAAUAAAUGGUCUCCGUAUCCGUAUAUCAUUUCAUAG